GAGGCCAUCGACCUAAUGAUAGCUUCUUUGUCAAAAAGCACAUUAAAACAAUAUAGCGUUUGUUUUAAUCAAUGGUGGCAAUACUGUUACACAAAUAAUCAUGAAAAAUUUGAUUCUUCGACAUCAAUUAUAAUUAAAUUUCUCACUGAUCAAUAUAACAACGGUGCAUCCUAUGGCACUAUCAACUCUUUUCGGUCAGCAUUGUCUAUGUUACUAGGAAAUGAUAUUUCCCAAGAUAAAUCUAUAAAAAGACUGAUUAAAGGUGUAUUUAGGUCUAGACCUUCCUUACCAAAAUAUGCGAACACUUGGGAUCCGCAAAUAGUCUUGAGUCACAUAUCCAAGUGGACUCCACAUACAGAACUUUCGUUAGAGAAGUUAACUAAGAAAUUAGUAAGCUUAUUAGCUCUUUGUACGGCUCACAGGGUACAAACAUUUUCGUUGAUUAAGUUGAGUAACAUUAUAAUCAGUGAUAGCGGUGUUAAAAUUAAUAUUGUUGAUUUAAUUAAAACAUCAGGACCAGGACGCGACCAACCAGUGCUGUACCUUCCAUAUUUUAAUGAUAAUCUCGAUAUCUGUCCAGCGACGACACUUGUUGAUUACAUAUCCUUCACAAAGGAACUGAGAUCAACAAGUUCAGACCACCUCUUAAUAACUGUGAAGCGCCCUCAUAGGAACGCCACAGCACAGUCAAUAAGCAGGUGGAUCAAGCAAGUGUUGCAGGAGAGCGGGGUGGACGCGGCGGUGUUCAGCGCGCACAGCGCGCGCCACGCCGCCACCGCGCUUACAUACUCCGCUGGCUCAGCGACCCAAAGUGAGUCUUGGCCUCCGAUACAAGAGAUCGCCACUUCUGACGGUCCAGUGCAGUCUCCCGCCAGUCAACGACUUGUAGCUCGCGCAGGUCCGCCUCCACCGCGUCACUCCAGCGGUACCUGGGCCGGCCCACCGGUCGGCGCCCCGUCGGACGGCCCAUGUAGGCUCUUUUUGCGCUACGAUCUUCUCCCAUUCUCUGGAGAUGGCCUAGCCAGCGAAGUCUGUGGGCUUUUGUUUCUCCCACUAUGUUAGCCCCCGCCAUCAGAUCUUCCAGUUCGGCGUUUUUCAGGACUCUCCAGCUUCCAUCGGGUCUCUGUCU